UCAAAAAUCAUGGUACACGCUUUUGGCAGAGUCUGAGUCUCAAGGUUUUCAGUUUCCUCAAGUUCUCUUUUCAAUUCCAAUUUCAGAGCUUUGCGGCUCUCAAUUUUUUGAGGAUAACUUGUCCUCGUUUCAAGGUUCUCAGCGUCUUCAAGAUAACUUGGCCUGAAAAUUUUGGUUGUCCAAGUUUGCAAGAGUUUAGGAGUUCUCAGCUUCUUCAAGUCUUCAAGAUAAUUUGUCCUAACUUCAAGAUGAUACAACUAUUCGGGAAACCUCUGGUAGAAAAGGCUGCAGAGUUUAUUGUAGUAGAUUACAUGGAAAGGAGUGACGUGGCCAACACGCAAUCGCUGAAAAGGAUUUGGCAAGAAUUGAGCUGCAAAGCAUCUGACAUAGAAGAGGAAGUGAACAGAGAAGAAAUGUCAGGUAAAAAGAAAAGGAAACGUGAAGUUGACAGUUGGUUGAAGAACGUUAAGAAUUUAAGUCCUGAAAUCGAUGCAUUGGAAACAAGACGAUCAUCUUGGAGGCUUCCACUAAAGGAGGAUCCUGUAGGAAAGCUGCAACAUCAGGUGAAAGAACUUGUUGAUCAGAGCCGUCAUUUUGAUGGGCUUGUGCUCGAUAAUUAUGACAACAUCGGGGAGCCAUGCCUGCCAACCAAAUUGUUUGGAGUAAAGUUCGACGAAGCUUUGAAGAGAAUUUGGCCAUGCUUGGUGACCGAUGAUAUAUCAAGCAUUGGGAUUUAUGGUAUGGGUGGAGUUGGUAAGACCACACUGGCGAGGCACAUUGAGUACCAUCUUUUAGAAAAGAACAAUUAUUGGGUGCUUUGGGUUACAGUAUCUCAAGACUUCAGUGUCACCAGUUUGCAGGAUAAGAUUGCCAAUGUCUUGGGCAUUAAUCUAUCCAGUAGCGACGAGGAAGACGCCAGGGCAAGAAUAUUGCGUGACGCAUUCAGGAAAAUGCUGAAAUUAAUAGUACUCAUAUUGGAUGAUGUUUGGGAAGAAUUUUGUUUAGACAGGGUAGGGAUUCCACUUCAUCCAAACAAGUGCAGAUUGAUUUUGACUACUCGCUCACUGGAAGUGUGCAACAGGAUACAAUGUCAAAGAAAGUUUGCUUUGCAAACUCUGGACACAGGCGAAGCUUGGGAUUUGUUCAAGUAUAAACUUGGCAGCGAGCCCUUGCUUCAAGGAGAUUUGGAAAGUAUUGCCAAGUCCAUUGUGGAAGAGUGUGAUGGUUUGCCUCUUGGCAUUAUCACAGUGGCUGGAAGCAUGAGAGGCGUGAGAGACAUUUGUGAGUGGAGAAAUGCAUUGAAACAAUUGAAAAGAUGUUCAAUAGGCUAUCAUGAGAUGGAACGAGAUGUGUUUCGCAUCCUGGAAUGGAGUUUCAAUCGCCUGAAUAAAUGGGAAAAGAAUUGCUUCUUGUAUUGCUGUCUUUAUCCGGAAGAUAGUGAUAUAAGAAGAAAGGAACUAAUAGACCUCUUUAUUUGGGCAGAGCUGAUGUCAAAACGGGAAUCAUGGUCAGAAGAAUUUGAUCAAGGUCACACAAUAUUAAACAAACUGAUUAGAGUUUGCUUGCUGGAAAAAACUAAAGAUCCCGAAGGGGAUGACUGUGUGAAGAUGCAUGAUUUGGUCAGAGACAUGGCAUUAAGGAUCACGCAUGGAAACUCCAAACCAGAGAGCAGCAGAGAUGAUGUACCACGAUUCUUGGUGAAAAGCUUAGGACAGGAAGAUUCACAAGCAACAACACUGGAACCAGAAGAGUGGACACAAGAUCUCGGUGCAGUUUCCUUCUAUUCACAACGUUUCAGAAGAAUAGAAAUUCCACCAGCCUGGUCACCAAAUUGUCCUAAUCUCUCAACCUUGCUUCUUUCUCGGGUUUCCAUAAAAGAAAUCCCAGAUUCAUUCUUUCGGCACAUGUGUGGACUUAAAGUUUUGAAUCUAUCUUGGUGCGAAGGUAUAACAGAGUUGCCUAAUUCUGUUUCAGACUUGGUGAAUCUCACUGCCUUGAUUUUGGGGAAUUGUGGACGCCUCCGAUUUGUGCCACCACUGGGAAAGCUCAAGCAGUUGAGGGAUUUGGACCUAUCCUACACUCAGAUUGAGGAUUUACCUGAAGGUUGGAAGUCACUGGUCAACCUCGAAAGGCUUAACUUGGACGACUGUGGGGCUUUAAGUCAAAAGAUAACACCAAAAGGGACAUUUACCCAAUUUCACCGUCUUCAAUGGCUAUUAUUGCCACGCUAUGGUAGCGUACUAGUUAAUGAUCCAGAAGUGUUGAAUCAAUUAGAAAGUUUUGAAGGAUGUUUGUCUUUUACGGACUUCUAUAAAAUUACUCGGUGGCCAAAAUAUUAUCAUGUUUAUAUCACUGACAUCUUAACUGAGGAUCAGAGUCAGGAUUAUGGGGGCCAGCAACAAUUGCAAUUCCAUCAGUGUGAGCUUGGUAGAGGAUCGAACUAUCUGCCAGAUGAUAUGGAAUGUCUGAGAAUCGAGGAUUGUAAGGGCAUGGGCAUCAGGUGCUUGUCAGAUGUUUUUAGGAAUUUUAUAAAUUUAAGCCACUUAUCUAAAUUGGUUAUUGUGGAAUUGGUUGGAAUAGAGUUCCUCUGGCAAUUGUCCGCUCCACGUGAUCAGUUGGAAGUCUCGUCUUUUAGUCCGCUCUGUCAUCUCGAAGUGCUACAUCUCCAUAAUUUGCCAAAUCUGGUUGGUCUUUUUUACGGAGAAUCAGAACCAUAUUUGCUUCCAGAUGGCACCUUUUCUUCCCUUAAAAAAUUGAGCAUUUCUGAAUGUCACAACAUGAAGCAGCUAUUCACGGUGCAGUUGCUGCAGAGCCUUCAAAAUCUUGAAACAUUAGAAGUUGAAGAUUGUGAAGGACUGGAGGAGAUAGCAGCAGAUGGCAACGGAGCAGGACAAGGAGGAGGAGAAGGCACCCAAUUCACUUCAAGUGAAGGAGCCACCGCCACUGUCAUCCUUCCGAAAUUACGGAGGUUGAAUCUGACUGGGCUGCCACAACUGAAGAACGUUUGCAAGGCAGCCAUGAUCUGCGAUUCAAUUGAGGUUAUUGCAAUAUUUAAUUGUCCAAAUUUAAAGAGGCUGCCUUUGUUUCUUUCCACCAUCGGCGGACCACCAUCUCUUCCCAGAACUCUUUAUAAUAUCAGGGGAGAUAAAGAAUGGUGGGAAUCGUUAGAGUGGGACUAUCCUAGUGCCAAAAAUGACCUUGACCCAUACUUCACCGCAAAGUGAUGAGAUAUUUGAAGACCACUUGUUUGAUCAAAAUCCUGACUGGUCCUCAUGUAGCCACAAAAUUGCUGCUGCAAGAGAGGUGAUGUUGCAAAAACAAGUGUUAAAUGAAGCUUUGUUCACCAGCAACAAAUUUCUUUCAGUACAUGCUUCUUCUUUAGCUAUAUUACAGUUGCUGUUUUUCAUCAUGUUUAGCUUUCUAUUCCUACGUAGAUGAUGUAAUUGGAGCAGUGAUACAGUUUUUUGUGACUAUUCCUUGAUUAUCGACAAAACUGGUUGGGGUAAUAUGACAAAAUUUUUGGUCAUAUUGUACUCCAAGAAUGUUUUCUCACUCUAUCAAUUUAAACCAUUCUACGUAUGUGCUUUUCCCUGA